AUAAACUCAAGGAGUCAACCUCUUCUUCUCCUGCAUUGCACCAUGCACUCUCACUCCCUCCUUUCAAUGGAAACGCUCACCACCUCCUCCUCCAUCUACCAUCAAUCUCUGCCUCCUACUCCUCCUCCUCAUUACUACUUCCUCUACGCCAACGGGACCACUGACCUCAAGCCUGAGGGACUCGACGGUACUUCCCAACUGGAUCAUAACAUCAUGUCCCAACAACCUUCUUUCUUCAUCAACCCAAACCUUCAGCCACCACAACCCCUCCUGCCAAAGCUCGAAUAUUUCUUUCAAACCGACAGAAAUGAUGAUGAUGAUUCCUCUUCCCUCACCCAAGAUCUGAAAGCGCUUGCUGCUGACGCUGCCUUCCUAGCUUUCUCCUCUGCCAAUUCGGUCUCUCAGGUGCUGGAUGCUCACUCAUCCCGGAACGAUGACUUCGCGUUCUCCGCUAGUAAAGGCGGUAACUCCUCCAACUCCAAGAAGGUUGUUGGUGAUACAUUUGGCCAGCGAACUUCAAUAUACAGAGGUGUUACCAGACACCGAUGGACGGGACGAUAUGAAGCUCACCUGUGGGAUAAUAGCUGCCGCCGAGAGGGUCAAGCCAGGAAAGGCCGUCAAGUAUAUUUGGGUGGAUAUGACAAGGAAGAAAAGGCCGCAAGAGCCUAUGAUUUGGCAGCUCUAAAGUACUGGGGCCCCACAGCUACCACUAACUUCCCUGUUUCUAAUUAUAUAAAGGAAUUGGAAGAGAUGAAAGAUGUAGGGAAGCUUGAAUUUAUUGCAUCACUACGAAGGAGAAGUAGUGGUUUCUCCAGGGGAGCUUCCAUAUACAGGGGUGUUACAAGCAGGCAUCAUCAACAAGGUAGAUGGCAAGCGAGAAUAGGCCGCGUUACAGGGAACAAAGAUCUAUACCUAGGGACAUUUGCAAGUGAAGAGGAAGCGGCGGAGGCAUACGAUAUUGCGGCAAUAAAGUUCAGAGGGUUAAAUGCAGUAACCAAUUUUGAGACGAGUAGGUACAACGUGGAAGCCAUAAUGAAUAAUUCUCUUCCCGUUGGCGGGGUAGCCAAACGGUUGAGGCUUUCCCUAGAAUCAGAGAAGGAAGAAGCUGCUACUUCUACUACUAAUACUCACCAGCCACCUAAGACUGAGAGUGAGAGUAGCAUCAUGACAUUGUCAACCAUUCCGGCUCCUCCUGCACACUUUGAUUCUGUGACACCAUAUUGCUACCAAUUUCAUUCCCCCGAUGCCGUUAACGAUGCCAUCAUGCCAAUGUAACUGCAGCUCCAGCAGGAGCUAUACUAGGAUUAUGCAAGUAACCUGUCAUCUCAGAGAUGAGCAUUGAGCAAUGCGUUGCCUCGUGCAUUUUAUAUAUAGCUUUUAACAAGUUUCUAAUUGCAAAAAUGUGGCAACUCUAGCAUAACAAACACAAAUCAUAUCAACCCAGUUAAAUCAUAUACAUUUUUUUAGUAUAAAAUCACAAAGUA